GACUAUAUAUAUUCUAAUUAUAAUUCCCGCCCUCAACCGGCCAUUUUAACCCAGCUGACAGAGCAAGGGGACAGACCAACAAAAUAUCUGGGCAGUGACUCCUUCAGACCGGGCAUCAACUUGCAAGUCCUGAACAACUGCCCGGCCAUCUCAACAGCAUCUUGCCCCCACUCCAGUAGCACACCAUAUCCUAAACAGCUUUGAACAGCUAGCACCUUGGAGUCUAGAGGGCGUGGUUCCAUGGCCUGCUCAUCCCCUAAGCAGUGAAGAAGAAGAACAUCCAGGAACGAGACAUGGACAGCGCUCCUUGUGAGGUGCGGGCGGAAGCCUCUGUGGGUGCAGCCGGCUAUGACGGAAUUGUGCUGGUGACUGACUGUUUGGAGAAGCUUCAGGGGCAGCUCAGCCCACUCCAAGCACCACUCAAAGGACAAGCAAGUUUUGAUGAGUCCGUCUUGAAGGAGGGGGCGUGCGUCAAGGUGGACCUGCCUGCCUCCCGCCUUGUGUUUUCCCCUACUGGCCCUCUGAACCGUGACCAAGAUGACGUGCGAAGGUUUUCAGAUGCGGCAGCAGCAGGGAUCAAAAGAGCCCUGAAGGUUGGCAUGCAGCGACCCUUGCUGGCCUGUGCGCCUGACCAGACCUUCCCGCAUGCUGACCUGGUGGCCCUGCUCGGCGCCCUGCAUGCCCUCUAUGUGCCCCUCGAGAUUAGGGAGGAUGUCCCCAAGAAGGCUUCCAAGGCAGCUGUUCUUGGCUUUGUGGGGAGUGCCAAGACUGUCCAGAUGGCUCUUGCCUUGGAGAGUGGAAGACUUGUCGCACGUGACAUUGGAGGCUCUGACCCUGAACGCAUGGCUCCCCCCCGAGUGGCGGAGUAUGUGAAGAAAGUGUUUGAGGGCAGCCGGGUGCGUGUGGAGGUGGUGGAGGAUGACGCCACGCUCCAGAAGGAGUUUCCUCUCUUCUCAGCUGUCAACAGGUGUGCCAAAGGAGUGCCUCGUCACCAGGGGCGUGUGAUCCACCUGACCUAUGAAGGUUCUGGCCCCGUGGAGCAGACCCUCAUGUUGGUUGGGAAGGGAGUCACUUAUGAUACAGGUGGUGCCGACAUCAAGGCCGGCGGGGUGAUGGCUGGCAUGCACCGUGACAAGUGUGGGUCAGCGGCGGUGGCAGGCUUCAUGCAGGUCCUCAGCAAGUUGCAGCCGCCCAACUUGAAGGUGAUUGGCUCCAUGGCGAUGGUCCGGAACAGUGUGGGAUCUGAGUGCUAUGUGUCUGACGAGAUCAUCACCUCCCGGGCUGGAGUUCGUAUUCGCAUCGGAAACACUGAUGCUGAGGGGCGGAUGGCCAUGGCCGAUGUACUGUGUCUCAUGAAGGAGAGAGCCGUCAAAGAGGUGAACCCUUACCUGAUGACCAUUGCAACACUGACUGGUCACUGCUGCCUGGCUUAUGGUAACAGUUACACGGCCAUCAUGGACAACGGCCCGGCCAGCAAAGCUAACAUGGCCCGCACCAUACAGGCAGCCGGAGAGGUGGUGGCGGAUCCACUCGAGGUCUCAACAAUCCGACGGGAAGACUAUGAAUUCCAUGCAGGGAAGAGUGAAUAUGAAGAUGUUCUGCAGAGCAACAACAAACCCUCAACUCAGACCCCAAGGGGACACCAGAGUCCUUCAGCCUUUUUAGUGUUGGCCUCAGGUCUUGACAAGCAUGGGAAGGACAGCCAGCAGCCACUCAAGUACAGCCACCUGGACAUUGCUGGCUCAUCUGGACCCUUCCCAGGCAUCCCGACAGGAGCCCCAAUCCUUGCACUAGCUAAAGCCUUCAUCUCCAGUGCCUUUUAAACAGCGGGUCAGGGAACAACGGUGCUUGCUCAUCAUGUACUUAAGUUUGCUUUGCAUCGGGGUUUGCUUUGCAUCGGGUAAUUAUAUUUUUAAUACAUCAAAUACUGGUCAAAGAAUUUCUGGUGUAUAAUAUUUUUGUCAACCAUAAUAGUUUUCCUUACAUAUAUAUAAUAAGGUUUGUUUGUAUCACACACAGACACAUACAGUCAAACGAUAAACAUCCUGCAUCUAAAGACCUUGAAACCAAAAGUGUCUUGGAUGACAUACACUUUUGUAUUCAGGAUAAAAUGCACAUAAGAAGGAAUUUGACAAAAUCUGCAUUCAUAAAUUAAAGGAGAAAAUAAUUAAUUUGAUAUUUUAAAAUUUUCACAAUUAUCCUCAAGCCUCAGAACAAACUUUACAUUGCAAGAGCUUUACUGUGCAAUAAAAAGAAGGUAUUCAUUGUGAUUGUAAUCAGUAUUAAGAUCCUGCUGUGCCCAAAAUAAAUAUAACUAUAAAAUGA